GAUUCUUUUAUAUUUAAAAACAUGUGGAUCCUGCUGUGUUUUCUGUUUUUCACAUUAGCAACUUGCUCUAAUCCUAUUGAUAUCGGUUCUCCGUCUUCAUUUUCACGUAAUGUCAACAGUGCUCCUGAUGUGCCUCGUGGCGUACCUUCAGCUGCAUCUUCUUCGCCUAAAAGAAAUCGUAGACCAGUGAUUGACCUGAAUAACCCUCCCGUCGAAUCUCCUCCCCCUUCCAGGCCCAAUUCUCCUCUUCGUGCCAGGUCCAGGUCUCCUCCUCACAGUCGGUCUCCUCCUUACAUACGACCUUUUCUAACUAGGUUUUUAAAAUCACCUACGAUGCUUCCUUCUCCUGACGGACUCGGCUGCGGAUUUGAACAACUUGAAUUUCUUCGCGUAAUCUCCCGAAAAAAUCCACGGCAAAUAUUCGAACUUCGAAGGCACACUUUUGUUCAAGAUAACUCACUAAAAAUCAUAGUAGGAAGUAAGCAUAAGUAUGAUUCUUUACCAAGCACAGAACACAUUGUGUUAUCGACGCACAAUGGCAUCGCAGUUGCAAUAUUGGAAAGUUAUGAUUAUUUUGCUGGAAUUUAUAAACGCAUUAAGAGUGAUUUAAAACGUGUUAAAGUAUACAUGGAUAGCCAUAAUGUCACUGCAAUGGAGAAGGAUGAAAUGGCUUGGACUCCAAUAGGUCCCCGAAAAACAAUCAUGUCGUUUUAUGAAGUAGUUAAUAUAAAACUCACUCCUCUACACCGUUGCCUUAACAAAUGUGAAACUUAAACUCAAUGGUUGCG